AUGCACCUCAUAGGCCAUCCUGCGGUCUGUCAUGAGGGGGCGGUGGGACUCUCGGUGCUUCGCUUGACUAUUGCAGCCGUUGAGGACAGGCCCGUGGAUUCGGUUCUCUCAUUUCGUCAUGGCAAACGUGCAUCGGCAGUUGAUGAUGUCCAUGGGGGCCAGAUGCUCGGCCGAAAGGGCCUGGCGCGAUGUGCUUAUUCCCGCAUUCUAGAACCCAUACCAGCACAAUUGCUUGGAAAUAUCUUUGGAAGAGAAAAGUGCCCAUUGAGACAUCUUACACCAGAUUUAUGCGAACGGACCAAUCAUGCUCUAGUAGGCUUCUGUUCUGCGCGGAGCUGCUCUGCCUUCAAGUCGGGCGAGAUCGGCCGGCAAGGUCGGGAUAUGGAUCCAUACUGGACAGGCGAUAUAUAA